AUGUCAAGUCAAACCAAGCCAAAUGCAGAGGGAAAAAAAUGUCCAUUACCAUGUGUACUCAGGCAUCUCCAUUGCGCUAAGCCACCUCUGCGACUCGCCAGCAAACCCAUAAUAUGGGUUCUAGGCGGACCUGGCUCUGGCAAAGGCACUCAGUGCGACAAGAUAGUCGCUAAGUAUGGCUUCAUUCACCUAUCGACUGGUGAUUUGCUGCGUGAUGAGGUGAAGACUGGCUCCGAAAGGGGCAAAUCCCUCAACGCUAUUAUGAAGAAAGGCCAGCUAGUCUCCAAUGAUGUAGUUCUGGACCUUUUGAAGGAAGCAAUAGAGGCGCGAAUUACUAAAGCCAACGGAUUUCUUAUCGACGGUUACCCGCGCGAAAAAUCCCAGGGCAUGCAGUUCGAAAGGGCUAUCGCUCCUGUUACCGUGAUCCUCUAUUUUGAGGCCUCAUGUGACACUCUUACCAAACGAAUUCUAGGCCGAGCGUUGACUUCAGGCCGAUCUGAUGACAAUGAGGAGACAAUUAAACUGCGGAUGCAGACCUUUCUCGACAAUAAUCAACAAGUACUGGAUCAAUAUCCAAGUAAAUUGCGCAGAAUAAACGCGGAGCAGACAGUAGAUGCAAUAUUCUCCGAGGUAAAGAAAAUUCUUGACCCGAUCAUGGCCCGUCCACACCCUGCCAUCGUUAUAAACUGA